GAGCACGCGUCCAUCUUCCCUCUGGGAUGCUGCCCAUGGUCUGAAGGAUGCUGCCGGGGAGGAGCCACCUCCCUGGCCAUGCAGAGCAGGUUUGAAAGUGCCAGUGCAAGAAAGCAGCAGCGAUGCUGAAGGCGAGGAUCCCGCAGCCCUGCCUGCACUCCCAGCCCGGCCAGGUUGCACAUGACCCCUGUGUCUGUGGCACAGCAGAGGGGGACACCCAGGGGGAUGCUGGCUGCUGGCAGGAGAUGGGGAGCAGAGGGGUGCAGAGAUGCCAUCAGCUCCGGGAUGCUCCUGCCUCCGAGCCGGUUGAGCAUGAGGGACUGAUGGGACCACAGGGAGGGAAGCCCGAGGAGCUCAAUGGGGACACGAUGGGUCCCAUGUUGGAUGGCAGCAGCCUGCCCUUGGUGGCUGAACCUGCAGCCCCCCCAAAAUGCCCCAGCUCUGCCCCAGGGGUGCCCACUGCAGCAACCAGCCCCACAACCACCCCCAGCCAGGAGUGGAAAGUGGUGAAGAUCCAACGGGUCCUCAUCCAGCCCGCCAGCGAGCCGAGGAAAGCGGGUCUGUCCCGCAGCGCCAGCCUCUCCGAGAAGGAGCUGAAGGAGGCGAAGGCGCGGAGCCGGCGGAUCGCGGCGCAGCUCACCACGGCGCCGGGCCCCAGCUCCAAGGGCGUCCUGCUCUUCAACCGCCGCAAGCAGCGCGUCGACGGGCUCUCUGGGGCCGGGCAUGCCGCGGGGCAGCCGCUGAGCCCCCCGCCCCGGCCGGCAGCCAUGGAGGAGGGCGAGGGGCAGGGGGUGAAGCUGGAGCCGGGCACCCCAUCAGGCGGGCUGCAGGCAAAUGCGUCCCCAUGCAGGGAUCCGCCGGCUGAAGCCCAGCAGGUCCCGCUUAGCAUCUACCUGAAGGAGAACAUGACAUCGGCUGCCACCAACGGCGUGCAGGAGCGGGCGGCCGGCGGGAUGGAGAGCGGGGCAGGGGCGCUCGGGGAUGCGGCAGCCCCUGCGGGGCCGAGCACGGCGGCUCUUGGCCUGCCGCGGAGCCCCGAGGAGGGGAAGGAUGGCGAGGUGCCCGGCGAGGUGCCCAGCGCGCCAGCAGGGACAGCCACAGGGACAGCAUCCCCUGCCGGCCAGCAGCACAACGGGGCUCAGGGCCGGCAGUACUAUGAGGUCCAUCUCACCCUGGCCAAGCCCAAUCCGGUGAAGAACCGAACAGCCAGACCCUUCGGCACCCAGGCAUCCCCCACCAGCAGCCAGCCCGCAGAGGGACCCCCCGCCACCGAGGUGCCCCCACCACCCACCUAUGCAGAGACCCUGAGCAGCCCCCCGCCUCUCACCCGUGUCCGCUCACCCCCUGCCUAUUCAGCCCUGUAUCCCCCGCAGGAGCAGAAGAUGCUGCCAGCCCCCCCCAUGGGCUGUGGGGGGAGCGGGCCGAACCCCCUGCCUAAAACAGGGAUCCUGGAGCAGUCGGCUGCCCGGAGAACCGGCAAGAAGCCCAUGUUCACCUUUGUUGAGAAGCCGAAGCUGGGUCCCAACCCCUUUCUGCUGGACCUGGUUCAAAGCGCGGACAGCAGGAAGAAGCAGAAGGAGCAGGGGGAGCCCGGUGCUGAGGAUGAGCCCUUUGCCCUCGGGGCUGAAGCUGCCAACUUCGUCCCCAACAGCACGGCCCGGGGCGGGCAGCAGCUCCUGCCGGCGGAUGAUGCUCCAGCCUGGUCCUCCUGCCUCAAGUCUCCCACCAUCAAGCCCAAGCCGAAGCCGCAGCCCAGCCACAACCUCACUGAAGCGAGAGGGAAGGGAGCCGAGCUCUUUGCCCGCCGGCAGUCCAGGAUGGAGAAGUUCAUCGUCAACGCUCCCUCGCAGCCCGAGCUGCUGCGGUCCCCGUCACCCACCAUGUCCCUGCCUCCCUCCUGGAAGUACGAUGCCAGCGCUUGCCUGUCACCCAUGAUCUCCAGACACCCCCCCAAGAGUCCCUCCAGAUCCUCCAAAACCCCCCCAACAUCUCUGUACAGCGGCAACCUGAUGGAGAAUGAGGUCUCCCAGAAGGAGCUGGAGAUCUCCAAGCACCAGCCCUACCAGCUCCAGCCUUCACUCUUCAUCCUCUCUCCAUCCAAGUCACCAACAAGGUCCAUGCCCCAGGAGAUGCCUCCACCCAGACCCUCUCUUCCCGAUGCCUAUCCCUACUCACAGCAAGCCUCCUGCCCGACCUCUCCAUUGCCUCCUUCCCCUGUUUGGCAUCCCUCUGCCAUGUCCAGCUCUGGCCAAACCACCUCCAGCCCCUUCCCUGGUCCCGGAGCCCCGGCCGAGGUGCUGCUGGCCUCCCCAUGCCGCCUGCUGCCGCCUCGGGCAAAGGCAGGAUUCCAGGCACCCCGGCCCUCCUACUCCACCAGGAAUGCCGGCAUCGAGCCCCAGGAAAGGCGAACAUCCCUCCCCGCAUCACCCACAUGGACCCCGCGGCUGGCGCGGCGCACGGGCAGCCUGGACGGCUGGGCCAGCCCUGCCUCUGUGCCCGAGCUGGACGAGGGACCCCCCAUGUCCCCUCCGUGGAGCGAGCGGUCGCUGUCGCCGCUGCGGCAGGAGGCCGACCCCCGGGCCAGCCGGCAGAUGCAGGCGCGGCUCGCCAGGAACAUCAUCAACGCCGCCCGGAGGAAGAGCUCCUCUCCCAAAGCCCUGGGGCCGGAGGGCUCCCGGCCCUUCACCCCCAUCCCCGCCGGCCCCCCCAGCCUGCCCCAGUCCCCGCGGCCGGCACGGAUGGAGGGGUGCCGAGCCCCGGCUCUGCAGGCUGCCGGCAGCGGCAUGGGGAGCCCCUCAACCACCCGCAAGAGCCCCCUGCGCUCACCCCGGGCUGAGAGCCCCCAGUUCUGUGCGUCCCCCGGGAUGCCCCGAGCCCCAUGGGCCGAGGGUCGCCGGCUCCUGCUGCCGCCCAGCACGGCCCCGUGCCCCGUCCCGGGGCUGUCCCCCAGCCCCAAGAGCCCGCUGCCAUCCCCCGUGGUGGGCGCACGGGCCGUGGCCAAGCGCUGCACCUCCCGGUCCCCGACGGACUCGGACGUCUCCCUUGACUCCGAGGACUCGGGGACCAAGAGCCCCGGCAUCCACAGCUUCAACCUCUGCCCGCGGGGCUGGACCGGCAGCAUAAGGAUGAAGGCGGGGGGGCUGCCCUCGGGGGCCCCUUGCACCUCCUAAACCAGCCAGCCCCAGCCAGGCCGCCCUCUCCCCAGCCCCACCAGCACCGGGACUGGCCCCACCGGGCACACAUCAACCCUCGGGGCUCAGGUCCCCCAAUCCCGGUGUCCCCUCUCCCCUGUGGGGCUGCCGAGGCCCCUCAUCGUGCCAGCGGGGUCGGGUGUCUCCUGCCUACCGUCGGCCCAGGGCCACGCUCUAUUUUUACACCUUAACCUUUCGGGGCAGGACUGCGUGGUCAGCAGCAGAGCGGGAGCAGGGGGAGCACAGCCCUUCCCCACUGCAGCCUAUGCCCCAUAGCCAGGAUGGGGAUGGGCUCUGUGGUCCACUGUCCCCAUGCAAAGGUGUCACCAAGGGUGUCACAACAGCUUCGCUUUCCUGGGGUGGCUGUGCCCCCUCUGCCAGCCUGGUUCCAAUUGAAACCAGAUUUGGGGCAAGAAAAGUUAGGUUUUUACUCCAGCCCCCCCCUACCCCCCCCAGUUCUUUAUUUCUUUUGGUUUUACUUUUAACUCUUCCCCAAAGAAAUUCCCCCAAAUCCUUCCCUGGUGACCAAAAAGAGAGCCAAAGAUAUUUAUUGCCACAUCAAGGUGCCCUAAGACCCUGCCCAGGCAAAGAGGCUUAGCCCCAUCCUAUACUCAGUCACUGUCCCUAUCCCCAGCCUCUGUCAAUCCCUGUCCCCAUCCCUGUGGGAUGGAGGGACACACUGGGACCUGUGGGCACUGGGGCAGAGGGGGAUGUGGGUCUAUGGGGGCUGAAGGAAGCGGUACAGGUUGCAGAGGGUUUGGAAGAGGUGCGGGUGCAGGAGGUGAUGAUGAGAGUGUCUUGGGGACACGGUGUCCCCAUGGGGAGCCCUGCAAGGGGCUGGGGGCAGGCAGAGGCCCCUGAGGGCAGCAGUGCCAGAGGGAGGUUCGGGAUGGGUGAUGGGGACAGGAGGCUGUCAGGGUGGACACAGAGGCAGAGCCUGGGCAGAGCAGUGGUGCCCAGGGAGGGCAAUGGGUGCCCAAAGCACUUGUCCCCAGCCAAGGGUGAGCAGGAGCUGGUUGGGUAUCAGGAGAUGCUACAGCAGGGACCAACGGUACCCACACACUGCAUACGGCCUUGGUGCUCAUGAGACAGGCACCAAGAAAGGAUGCGUUUG